GAAGCCCUGGCCCCCCGUAUUAAUAGCCUCUCUUCAGUAAAUGCCGGUGAUCUGAGUGGGAGGUCGUUCAACAGCUCCCUUCUCUCGAUCCAGUCCGGCCACAAGUCCGAUUCACCCUUCCACCAGCAUGGCUUACCACCGGCACUCAGGUCCCAGCAGCUACACCGUGGGCACCAUGUCCGAGCGCUUUGACUGCCACUAUUGUCGCGCCGCACUGCACGGGAAGAAGUAUGUGCAGAAGGAAGGACGCCACUGCUGUGUCAAGUGCUUUGAGAAGUUCUGCGCCAACACCUGUGCCGAGUGCCGGAAGCCCAUUGGGGCUGAUUCCAAGGAGCUGCACUUCAAGAACCGUUACUGGCAUGACAACUGUUUCCGCUGCUUCAAGUGUUCCACAUCUCUGGUGAAUGAACCCUUCAUGCUGAAGGAGAACAACAAGGUGUGGUGUAACAAAUGCACCACCAACGAGGAUGCUCCUAAAUGCAAAGGCUGCCAGAAGCCCAUUGUGGCAGGUGAUCAGAACGUGGAGUACAAGAAGACCGUCUGGCACAAGGAAUGUUUCCUUUGCAGCCAGUGCAAGCAAGUGAUUGGCACCGCCAGUUUCUUCCCCAAAGGAGAUGAGAUGUACUGUGUUUCCUGCCACGAGCAAAAGUUUGCCAAGAAUUGUGUGAAGUGUAAGAAUGCCAUCACUUCCGGAGGAGUCUCUUACCAAGAUCAGCCUUACCACGCCGAGUGCUUUGUGUGUGCCACUUGCACCAAGAAGCUGGGCGGACAACGCUUCACUGCGGUGGAAGACCUGUUCUACUGCGUGGAUUGCUACAAGUCUUUCGUGGCUAAGAAAUGCAACGGUUGCAAGAACCCCAUUACAGGCUUUGGAAAAGGCACCAACGUGGUGAGCCACGAAGGCCACUCCUGGCACGAGUACUGCUUCAACUGCAAGAAGUGCUCCAUCCCCUUGGCCAACAAACCGUUCGUCUUCCACCUGGAGCAAGUCUACUGCCCCAACUGUGCCAAGAAGCUGUAAGAGAGGAAGGCCAAGCGAAGGGCAAGCAGCAGGAACCGCUCAGCUCUUUCCUGCGAAACAGCAUGGAGAUCCCUCUCGGCUUGCAAGUGGCCAGGCUGUAGGCAUUUGCAUUGUAGCUUCUCCCCUCCCCAAAGCCCACCCCUCUUUUUUCCUUUCUAAAGGAUGUUAAGGCUCUUCCCCAUCCACCCACCCCUUCCUCUUUUCCCCAAUUCCCUCUGCAGGUCAUGUCCAAUAAAGGGUUGACUAACUGCCGUAGUGAGCUCUGCUCUCGUGCCCUCUGAAGAGGGGCAGGCUACGUCUUACACAUCCAACGUAGAGUCGCUGCUCCUGGCUUUUGCGCACCUGCCGCUUAGGGGCCUAGCAGCUCAGCAAGGGUGAAUUCACAUGGCUGCUUUUUUGGAGCAAUUCCUCAUCUCCCUUCCUGGGGUACAUCCCGUUUGCAAAGCCAUAAGAAAAUAUAUGAGAGGCUUGCAAGGAUCUGGUGGCUGGAGAAAACCAGACUGGAUAAAGAGGUGCCCAUUUGUUCUCUUGAUGUGCAGAGCCCUUAGCUUGCUACAGCCCCCUUGUGGGCACCUUCUCCUUCUUUUUUUGGGGGGAAAGGCACCUCUCUUCUCUUGGACAUCCAUUGAAAACAUUCCUGGUCCAUAGAGAAGACAACGCUGCAUCGGUGGAACAGCCUUCUCACUGGCUAAUUCAACUUUUGGCUCCUACGGCUGUGAUGUUGUGGUCCAAGGACCCCUUUUAAUUCAGUGGUGCUCGGCCCCAAAUUACUUUUGUAAACACGACCACUAUUUUUUAAAAACACACAAUGUUGUUGAGAGCUUCAAGGAUUUCCGUGCCUUUUACCCAAAUAUCCAUCCUACGCCUAAAUAUUGAAUUUGUCCGCGCUGAGACACUUGAAGCAGCAAACAUAGGAUGCUCUUCCAAUAUGUAGUUUUCAGAGAAAGCAACCUUUCUUGAAAGAAACCCAGGUAAUCCUUGACUUACAACCAUUCGUUUAGGGACCGUUUUGAUGUUUCCCAGAUGAUUCCUGACAAGCAAAGUCAAGACUCGCUCAACGAUCACUUAACGACUGUGGUGGUUUUGCUUAAACGCCAUGGCCAAAAAGACCGUAAAACCGGGCAUUUAAUAACUGCCUUGUUCUGCAAAAGUCUGAUUCCCCCAACUCUGGUUGUAAAGCAAGGACUAGCUGUUGAUCCAAGUGGCCAUCUGACUCCACCCUACAAUUUGCUAGUUCAGAUAAUGGUUCGGUGCUUUUCUUCGGUUUGCAUCCAUAUUAACCCACACGAGAGAUUGCAAAAUCCCCCUUUCUUCUUUCCUUGCCUCCGACGCAGAGAGCAGGCACAUCAAAGGUAGCUUAUUUUAACCAGUGUUUAAACUCCCAGGAACGGCCACUGCUGACUUUAGAAUAACCUUAUUUAGCCAUCAAUUUUAAUACUUUUAACUCUGCUGGAAAGCAAAAAAGCAAGUUGCCAGAUUAAUCGCUUCUUCGGUUCACCCCCCAAACGGGCCUUUGUCGACUUGGGCACCGUUCUCAGCCUGAGAUGCGGCACAGGAGCUUCCCGGGUAGGUUCAACGAUAAGGGUGACGUAACUGCAAUUCUUGUUCUUGUACCAAGGCCUUUCCUCCAAUAAACAGGAAGUUACUGCU